AAUUAAACCCACUCCACCUCACUCGAAUCAUACCCACACAUUAUUCUCGCCACAAGCUAUCUCUCACCAUGUCCCACCUCACAUACUACAACUACGACGGCGUCGGCAAAAAAAACCAACAACAGUUCAAAUACAGCCAAGCGGUGCGCAUUGGCGAUCGCAUCGAAUGCGCCGGCCAAGGCGGCUGGGACCCCGCUACCGGCGUGUUCUACAAAGAAAUCAACGAGCAGAUCGACCAAGCGUUCAAAAACGUCGAAUUGAAUCUGAAGGACGCAGGCGGAAAAGGCUGGGAACAGGUCUUCCGGGUCAACUCUUACCAUGUACCCAUUAAUAACGAGGCGUUGGAGGCCAUGGUGAGAAACUUUAAGAAAUAUAUGCCGAACCAUGAGCCGAUUUGGACGUGUGUGGGUGUGACGAGGUUGGGGGAGGAUGAUAUGAGGGUGGAGAUUGAGGUGGUGGCGCAUGAUCCGAAAUAGAUGGA